GCUUCUGGGCUGGAUUGACACACAAUGAGGAGCAGAGGCUGGGGAGACGCUCCAAAAACGCCGCUGUAAAUAAAUACAACAAUCACUGAGGCCAGAGAAACAUGGAGAACCAGUGCACAGUGCAGGUGAAGCUGGAGUUGGGCCACAGAGCCCAGUUAAGGAAGAAGGUGACAUCAGAAGGCUUCACCCACGACUGGAUGGUGUUUGUCCGAGGGCCAGAGACCGGCGACAUCCAGCACUUUGUAGAGAAGGUUGUCUUCCGCCUGCACGAGAGCUUCCCCAAACCCAAGAGAGUAUGCAAGGAGCCUCCAUACAAAGUGGAGGAGUCGGGCUACGCAGGCUUCCUCAUGCCUAUUGAGGUUUACUUCAAGAACAAGGAGGAGCCAAAAAAAGUGUGUUUCAACUACGACUUAUUCCUCAACUUGGAGGGCAACCCACCAGUCAACCACCUACGCUGUGAGAAGCUCACCUUCAACAACCCCACCAAAGAAUUCAGGAGAAAGCUGAUCAAAGCUGGAGGGGUAUUGGUAGUUCCAGAGGGGGCUGAAGCCGUGUCGAGGCCGAGUCCAGACUACCCGAUGCUCCCCACCAUCCCCCUCUCUGCCUUCUCAGACCCCAAGAAGACCAAGACCUCUCAUGUGUCAAAGGAACCCAGCAAAGAGGGGAGUGGUGGCAGCAGCAAAGGACCCAAACCGCACAAACUGACCAAGGAGCACCGUGAACGGCCCCGAAAAGACUCUGAAAGCAAAGUCACGUCAAAAGGAGACAACGACAGAGAUGGAAGCAGCAAGAGUGCCCGCGAUCCUUCCUCUUCCUCAUCCUCAAAAAAGCCGUCGGAGAUCAAAGUGAAAGAUGAAGUUAAGGUCCUACCCAAGGCUGCCUUCAAGGAGCCUAAACUCACCCUGAAGGAGUCAAAGAUGGAGGGAAUGUCCCCUAAAGGAGGGGGGGCUGGGAGUGGAGGAGGCGGGGUUGGUGGAGGGGUCAGUGGAGGGGGAGGACCUGCAGAAUCUAAAGUCCCAGGGAAGCGACCCUCCACUGUCGAGUCUCCCAAACCUAGCGCUAAGAAGCAGAAGAAGGGCAGCUCAGAGGGGCCGAAGGGGCCGAGUGGCGGGGCCUUUACAGGAACUUCUCCUCGUGUCUCCUCCUCGUCUGCAGCCAGCCAACCGUACGCAGAGAAGAAACCUCCCAAGGAAAAAGGUCGGUGGGCCAAAGGCAAAAAUGACACACAAGAGCCAAAGGAGCCCAAGAAACUUCCAGAGUCUGAAGAAUCGAAUUCUGAGGAUGAAGCAUCGUCCAAGUCAGAGCAGUCAGCCCCUUCCAGUCCUUCCAACUCCAGUUCUAGCUCUGACUCGAGUUCAGAUUCAGACUUUGAGCCGGGUCAGAAACAAGGGCAAGGCCCCCUUCGAUCGAUGGUGGCGGAGAUCCAGUCAGAAGAGUCAGAUGAUGACGACAGCAGCUCGGAGGAUGAGACGCCCAUCAAGACCAACCCCCCCAACCGCGACUCUCGACUCAGCCUGGACAGCGAGAGUGACAGCAGUGACGGCUCGCACAGUCUCAGUCGAGACCCCGCCCCGCCUCCGCAGAAACACAGCUCCUCCAAUAACAAAGUUUCAGGCAGAAAGAGUCCAGAUUCCUCGUUUCGCUCGGAGAAGGCGUUGAAGAAGGGAUACGACAAGGUAGGAAGGGCCUACACAGAAGAACUGGUGGACCUCCAUCGCAGACUCAUGGCUUUAAGGGAGCGUAACGUCCUACAGCAGAUUGUGAACCUGAUUGAGGAGACGGGCCACUUCAACGUGACCAACACCACCUUUGACUUUGACCUCUUUUCACUGGACGAGUCCACCGUCCGCAAACUACAGAGCUACCUGGAGGCGACGGCCACGUGACAGGAAGUGGACACCGGCGUGGGGAAACCGGCCUGUGGAUUGCGGUGGCGGAGGUAGACUCGCCACCACCCCCUUUUUAAGUAGGGGACGAGAAGCCACAUCAUGUCGCAGCUGUUUUACAGGCCUGAUUGAACCAUUGAACAACUACCAGACACAAACAAACACAAGCACACAUGAAGACACACCACCUUCACGUGACACUGGGGAGGAAACCGAAGGAGGUGGUUAAGGAGAUGUGGAAGGGAGGGUGGAGAAGGCGCAGCGUGGCUGAAUUCAGGCUACAGUCAGGAUUUUCACUACACAUGUCUUUUUUUUUUGUUGGUCUGUGCAGAGCUGUGGUAUGCACCCCACACCCCCUCCUUCACCCUCCUGCACUCCUUCCUUUGCAAACCCAAUACUUCCCCUUCUCCUCUUCCUCCCCCUACACACGAACACUCCUUACUCGGCAGAACACUUCAGUCCCCUUCCCCCUGUUGUCAGCUGGAGCUCAUUUCUCUCCCGACAUACUCUUUGAUUCGUGCGCGUGUGUGUGUGUGUGUGUUGAGGUUUAAGAGAUGUUAUCUUUGUGUGUACCAACUUCUCUUUGUGUGUGAAGCUCGAGCACAAACAGCUGGUUUCCCUCCUUCACACACACAACAAACAAAUACUGAUGCAGGUAUUAAUUUACUUUAACCCCCCUAUUUAUAAAAAUGAUAUAAACAUUGAUCAAUGGUUUAUAUAACACACUAAUGUAGUGGUAAGCAAAUGUAAGUAUACUACCAACCUCUUCCUUACGUUCAGGUUUAUAAACUGAUAAUGAAAGAUAAUUUAGAAGGAAACAAACUAAUUACAUUUGUUCUACCUUUUAAUAACAUUUAACAUGUCCUUACAUGUGCCUAACAUCACAUUACAUUGUGCUAUAAGCCCUUUCUAAAUAUUUACAGUGCUUAUAAAUGCUAAAUAGAGAGGGGGGGAUUAAAGUAAAAAGGUACCUAAAUUCGUAUAUGUUUGUCUUCCAGGUCCUUGCACUUAAAGCCUUGGACAUACUUACCGUGGACAGCUGUACAUGAAGACGCUGAGACUGUUGUGUGUGUGUGUGUGUGUGAGAGACUCGGUUUUGGAUGAGGUUUCUCUGUUGUCUGAACAUUGAGUUUCCCUUCUACUUCCUCGCACUGAAAGCUGAGCCCUGACCUCCUACCAACAGCCCCCCCUCACCUCCCUCCCCGCUCACUCCAUCCCUCCUCCUCCCUUAUUCUCAUAUUGGCGUGCAUGAAAGGGCUCAACUGCUUGCAGCCAGAGCAGUGGAGGAUCACUCCUGAAUUGCCUUCUAAGUGGUUGGGAGGGGGGUUUAAAAAGCCGUGAAAAAGUAGCCAUACUUGUCUCCCAGAAUCCAAAAAUAAGGAGAAAAAAAAUAGGGGCCACGCUUUUUUACAUUUUAUUUUUCUACAAGUGCAUUUUGUGUAUUUAUUCCCAGACUGCGGUUAAGAAAACCUGUGAGCUAUGAAUGUAAAUCGCUUUUACUUUUCUACGGCUAGCAACAGCCCCACUCUAGUGCCUUUUUCUGCGACUUGCAGUGUGAGGGGGGGGGGUGUGCACUUUGUUAGCCAUGGUCACACAGAUUGAAAUA